CAAAGAUAAAAAGCCUCUAAUCAUAACCCCCUAAAAAAGCCCCCCCUUUCCCACUUUCCUCUUUCAAAGCUUUCACCUUAGCUUCUUCUUCUAUAGGUCUCUAUCUUUCUUCUUCACAAGUUUCAGAGCCAUUAAAGCAUUAGCAAAGACUUAUUAGGGUUUGUUUGUACUGCGUUUUCCCCCGCCUUCAUAUUCAGAGAAAUGAAAGUGUCCUUUACCUCUAAUGAAAACGUGAGUUCAAAAACGUCGACGUUGAGUAGCUGUGGGAGUAAUAUUAGUAUCCAGGCCCCACCUUUUCCGGCCGCCGCCGCCGCCGGAGUGGUCAGUUACGAGCCGAAAUCUGUUCUCGAGCUCCGCCGCAGUCCCAGCCCUAACGUAACAGAAAACGCGCAUAAUCCGGCACUAGAUGCGGCUGAUAUCUCGGCCGGUUGCGACGACCCUCUCCAGCUGGCAGAUCAUGUGCUAACUAACUUUGAAGAUUGGGACUCUUUGAUGAAAGACUUAGGUCUGAAGGAAGAUACAACAAAACCUAAUUCCGAGUCGCUCCAGACUCAGUUCCCCGAGUUCCCGCUCGCUCACUCGCUCGAUUCCGCUCAGUUCCUGCCGUCUGAGCAUUUCAGCUUCUCCGAUAACGUCACGGCGGCGCAGUACCCGCCUCCGCCGCUCAGCGCCGGGGGGAAUAGUAAUUUCACUCUGUCCGGUAAUGAUUUCCAGAACCAUAACUGGAACUUAGGGUUUGACUACGUGGACGAGUUGAUCCGGUUCGCCGAGUGCUUCGAAACCAACGCGGUCCAACUCGCUCACGUGAUACUGGCACGGCUCAACCAUAAACUCAGAUCCGCCACCGGAAAGCCGCUCCAGAGAGCUGCCUUCUACUUCAAGGAAUCUCUCCAGUCUCUACUCACCUGGUCAACUCGGAUGACUCGCCCCAACUCUUCCUCCGAGAUUGUGCACACCAUCAAAGCCUACAAGAUCUUCUCCAACAUCUCCCCUAUCCCUAUGUUCUCCAGCUUCACGGCUAACCAAGCCGUUUUGGAGGCGGUCGAGGGCUCUAUGCUUGUCCACGUCAUCGACUUCGACAUCGGGCUCGGCGGCCACUGGGCUUCGUUCAUGAAAGAGCUAGCCGAUAAAGCCGAGUCGGCUCGCGCCAAGUCGGCUCUACGCAUAACGGCUCUCGUCCCGGAUGAAUACGCCGUGGAGUCGAGGCUGAUCAGAGAGAAUCUGACUCAAUUCGCGCACGAUCUAAACAUGGCUUUCGAUAUAGAUUUUGUGUUGAUUCACACGUUUGAGCUGUUAUCUUUCAAGGCGAUUAAGUUCAUGGAGGGAGAGAAAAUCGCGGUGAUUUUAUCUCCGUCGAUAUUCAGGCGGGUCGGGGCGGGGUUCGUGAACGAUCUCCGCCGGAUUUCGCCGCACGUGGUGGUGCACGUGGACAACGAGGGGCUGGUAGGUUUUGGCCCGUCUUCUUUCCGGCAGACGGUGAUAGACGGACUGGAGUUUUACUCGACGCUGCUGGAGUCUCUGGAGGCGGCGAACAUUGGCGGCGGCGGCGGCGGCGACUGGAUGAGGAAGAUCGAGACGUACGUUUUGUAUCCGAAGAUAAUGGAAAUGGUGGGGGCGGCGGGGCGCCGCGGGUCGUCGUGGAGGGAGGCGUUUAUUGCGGCGGGUUUCAGGCCGGUUGUUUUGAGUCAGUUUGCGGACUUCCAGGCGGACUGCUUACUUGGCAGGGUGCAGGUAAGAGGAUUCCACGUGGCGAAGAGGCAGGCGGAGAUGCUGCUCUGCUGGCACGAUAGGGCCCUCGUAGCCACGUCAGCUUGGAGGUGAUGAAUCAAAAAACUAACCUAAUCAGUAUGACCUAGGUUAGGGGGUGGGAGACAUACCACGACAUAUGCAACCUAAUCACUAUUAUGUUUUACUUUUGUUCUUCAGUAAUUUUUAGCUUAAAUUUGGUCCCCAUAAUGAAAAUGUUCCAUAAACAUUAUUGUACUAGAUGGUGAAAUUUCAGCUCUCCAUAUUCUCUGUAAUAUGUAGUAGUUGAUAUUUUGUAACCUUUUCAACUUUUUCUUUUUUUUUCCUUAUACUGUUAACACAUAAUUUAAGUCUUAUUCUCAUAA